ACAAAAUGUGGAAAAAGUGAAGCGCUGUGAAUACUUUCCAGAUGCACUGUACAUACAAUCUCUGAGAGACUGGCUUCAAAGUUAUCCAUUUUAACGACAGUUAACUCCUCAGCUGGAAUGCGCGAUUGUAAAUAAAAAAGUCAUGUCCAAACCCCACCCACAAUUAGUUUUUACCAAUCAUCAAUGCUCUUCGACCAGCCGAGUUCUCCUAGGUCAAGAAUUUCAAAGAUGUGCGUGAACAGGGAAAUAUCACCAAAUGAACACAUUGGCAGAACAAAAACGUCACUGCAUUUCAUCAUCAUUUGUAGGCGAACUAAGUGAAGCCUGUUUGCCCAGUGAGUGUAAAUUAGCCUUUACAGGUCGUCGCCCAGAGAUUCUUUUAUUUACUGAGAUAAUGUCCAUCCUCUUCAUUGUACCGCCCAUAGAAUGUCUGUGUGGGACUGCCACGUUAUGCUGUUUUAUGCUAGCUUGUAGGCUCCCCCUACUAGAAGGGUUCUGCAGGUCGCCUGACAGUCAACUUAAAAACGCGCAUGCGCAUCAGCUUAACAAACCUGAAAAAUAGUGUGUUUUUUUUUUUUAGCAUGAUCUGCGCUAAAGAAACACACAUUAGAAUAUAAUAUAAUACCAUAGUUGUCAGAUGUAACUUUUGAUGAAUAUGUUCUUUGAUCAUAAUCUUGACCAACCGUUUUGGAGAUUUCAGUCUUUUCCCAUUCAAGUUGAUAGGAGCUGCACUUUUAUGCUGCUUGUUUACAUAGAAAAUAGCUUCUUGGGAGUGCCAAAGAUGGCUGCCGUGUGGACUGACUUGACUUGAAUCUCCACCUCUGCUAUUUGGGCAUCAAUAUGGAGAGAUUUGGAUCAGACAUGGCGCUGCAGAUCAAAGUUUGCGUUUCCUGAUCAAGACUGGAAACAGAGGUGUUUGGAGAGACUCUUUCACAUUGUCAUGUUUACGCACAUCAGACGAGGCAGAUCGUACCUCUCCAACCUCAGCGAUUCGUCCAUUCUCUCCUUGACCGCAAAGCACGUGAGAGUCCUCUCUCUCCACGGGUCAACCAGAAACAUCUGCCGACUUGCAUCAGGAGAACUGCGGCCCAUCCUGACCACACUUGAAAAGGGGGUGACUUCCAUCAAAUUGCUGGAUGCUAAUUCUCUACUCAAACAUGGACGGAGAUAUGUCUUGUUUAUUCUCCACCGACUGAUGGACCACGGGUCCGUGAGAGAAGUUGUUUUGAGGAGAAGUCCAGAUCCGUCCAUUCUGAGCUGGAUCACGUCCAGGUGCAGGGUCCCUCAGCGUUCCGCGACACAACAGACAUCCCACGCUGAGGCCCCUUGUUCAGUAGGACAGGGCUUUGACAUUAGGUGUGGUACAGUGCAGGAGGAACCCGCAGCUAAACGUUGUCGUCAAAGUCUAGCGUCGGAAAUGGAGGAGCACCCAGAGUUUUUAUGUAGCACGUUUUCGUCCUCAAACAGCUCUGCUGGCCGCUGUCCUGAAGGUCGCAUCUACUCACUGGAUUUUGAAGUGUCUAAAUGUGAAGUCCUCGCCACAGUCUCACAUAUUCUGCCUUCGUGGUUGUGCCUUAACAAACUACAUCUUCACAGUGACUGGCUCAUUAGAGAGAAGGAGAUGUCAGUGUUGGUGGAGUCUCUUAGACGGUUGUUUGUAAACCCCGGCUGCUCGCUCAAGGAUCUCAGUAUAAGUCAUGUAUGCGGUCACACACCCCUUAUCAGUGUGCUGAGCGUGUGUCCGACCCUUCAGAACUUCUCACUGGAGAUCUGCCCCCCUCUGGACAGAAGCGCAUGGAGGCAGCAGUCGCAUUUCACUGCAAACACAGUGCUCUGCCUGGAAAAGCUUACAGUCAAAUCCACUGAAGUUCCAAUGACAGUGGAGAGUUUUCUGAUGGUGCUGAAAUGGGCUCCAAAACUCAGUAGUCUUCAUAUCACUGGAAUUCAUCAUGCGCGCCCACUGCUUCACACAUUAGCAGAAUCUAAUCCAGUGCUCAAAGUAUUAAAGCUAGAGGACGUAAACCUGGCCGAGUGUCACCAUGAGAUUCUUCAUCUUCUGGAAAAUUCUGUGUUAGAAGAGUUGUCCUUUAAAGACUGUAGACUGCUGGAUAAAUGUACAGUGAAGAAGGAAUUCCUGGUGCCAUUUGUAAAGGCGCUAAAAGGGGUCUCUUCUCUCCAGAGCCUGACACUUGCGCAGAACCGACUAACAACAAGUGCCAUAGAGAUCGCUGAUCUUUUCUCUGGAAGUUGCCCCAGCAAAAUAGCUAAAUUAGACCUUAGCUCAAAUUUCAUUCUGCCUGCUGAACUUCUGGAGUUCGGACAGCUGUUGGAAGCAUACAGGCCAGUUCAGCGACUGAUGCUGGAUCUGCGGUUUAAUCCACUGGAUCGGGACCCAGAGGUCAAAGGUCAAGCUCUGCGAAAGCUCCUCCCUUACUGUAAUAUAUUAACAGAUGACUGGGACUCCAGAACUACUAUGGCCGAUCACAUCAGUGUUAUGUGACCAUGUCAAAAAUGUUGCCGACCCCUGCUUUUAAGGAAUAGGUUACCCAAAAAUGACAAUUCUGUCAUUAUUUACUCACCUUAAUGUUGCUCCAAUCCCAUAUGACUGCCUUUCUUUCUUUUGUGGAACAUAAAAGGUGAGUUUUUAAAAAGUCUUCACCGGGUUAUACAUUUGCCAAAUAAUGAAAGCGAAUAGGAUCUAUAAAUAAAAAAAACUCUCAUUGGUUCUCAUGAAAAAACAUCAUUAAAGGGAUCGUUCACCCCAAAAUGAAAAUUGUCCCUCAUGCCAUACCAGAUGUGCGUGACUUUAUUCUGCUGAACACAAAUGAAGAUUUUUAAAA